CAGACUUACACUGCCAAAACGAAAGCAAACUCAUGCGCCUCGCGAUUUUACGGACAUGGAUCUCUCUAAUGGACUUCUUUAAGGGAUGGAAAUCACAUGACUCUUCUAAAUAGAUGCUACUUUUUAUGAUGCCCCGGUCUAAUGGACAUAACUCUAAAAAAUGACUAUGACUUCACUGUCUGAAAGUUUGGUAGCUUCAGACCCUUCAAAAUCGGCAUUUCUGGAGUUCAGUCACGGUUACCAGUCUCACCAGCAGCAUUCACCCGGUGUAUCUCACGCGCACUAUCCGGUGCACGGUUUGCAUCAAAGCGCACAUUCGCAGUACGAUGCAGCCUUCUCUUCUGGCGCUGCUCCGUACGGCCGUCCGCUCACUUACCACUAUCCCAGCGCCCAUCACCAUCCCGGAGCUUACCUUCCCUAUCAACAUAACAGCGCAGUCGCUCAUUCAAGAAUGGAGGAUGCAGAUUCCGAGAAGCAAAGUUCCAUUGAAAGUGGAGAAAUACGGCUGAACGGAAAGGGGAAAAAGAUUCGCAAACCGCGCACGAUCUACUCGAGCUUACAGCUGCAGGCGCUCAACCAGCGCUUCCAACAGACCCAGUACCUCGCGCUGCCUGAACGCGCUGAUCUGGCGGCCAAACUGGGUCUGACACAAACACAGGUAAAGAUAUGGUUCCAGAACAAGCGUUCCAAGUUCAAAAAGAUAAUGAAACAUGGCUCAAGCGGACCAGAAGGAGAACACCUUCAAGCGGCUUCUGCCUCCGGACCACCGUGUUCACCAGGAAUGCCGCCCUUGUGGGAUGUUUCUAUGUCAACCAAAGGUGCCCCCAUCCACUCAGGAGGAUACAUGAACUCUUUUGGACACUGGUACCCUGGUCAUCAUCAAGACCCAAUGGCCAGAACUCAGAUGAUGUGAUGGGGGUUUAGGACAGUCUACAGAGCAUCCAGAUCUGAUUUUAACAGUUCACUCACGUUGAGAUCACUGUUUACUCACAGCCUAACAUUCUUCAAGUUCCUCCCCAGUGUUUUCCUCAUGAAGAUUUACAUUGCUGGCCUUUUUUUUUU